AGUCCUGUUUCUCCUUGCCGAAGUGUGGUCUUUGGAGCUAAGCGAAGAAUGACUUCUGUUAGGUUUUCCUCUGCUGGUCUUCCUUGCAGCCUCGAAAACCUCACCAGAGUCGCCUCUGCUGGUCUCUUACUGUGCUGCUCUGUCAGAGAUGGGCAAGUAAGUGAACUGCAGAGUGUUGCUGUGUGUGCUUGUGAUUUGUAUUUUAUUUGAUGUAAACGUGAAGGCGGAGUAUUUUCUAACACUGUAAUUCAACUAGGUUUUGUGUCUCCUGGAUCUAUUUUUUUUUCUUGUUGUUCUGAGGAGCUGAUAUACUUGGAAAUAUUAGGUUUAAGAUAUGCAGAUGUCCAACUUAUAUACAUAGUCAAGGGUUUAGAGUCUGGAGACAGGAGGCUGGCAAUUUCAACUAGGAGGCAGUAAAUUCAGGGCAAGAAGCGAAACCCUGGCCUUAAAAUUCCAAAAGAAGCAUUUGAACAACCUCAGACCAGUUCCACACCACCUCGAGAUUUAGACUCCAAGGCUUGCAUUUCUAUUGGAAAUCAGAACUUUGAGGUGAAGGCAGAUGACCUGGAGCCUAUAAUGGAACUGGGACGAGGUGCGUACGGGGUGGUGGAGAAGAUGCGGCACGUGCCCAGCGGGCAGAUCAUGGCAGUGAAGCGGAUCCGAGCCACAGUAAAUAGCCAGGAACAGAAACGGCUACUGAUGGAUUUGGAUAUUUCCAUGAGGACGGUGGACUGUCCAUUCACUGUCACCUUUUAUGGCGCACUGUUUCGGGAGGGUGAUGUGUGGAUCUGCAUGGAGCUCAUGGAUACAUCACUAGAUAAAUUCUACAAACAAGUUAUUGAUAAAGGCCAGACAAUUCCAGAGGACAUCUUAGGGAAAAUAGCAGUUUCUAUUGUAAAAGCAUUAGAACAUUUACAUAGUAAGCUGUCUGUCAUUCACAGAGAUGUCAAGCCUUCUAAUGUACUCAUCAAUGCUCUCGGUCAAGUGAAGAUGUGCGAUUUUGGAAUCAGUGGCUACUUGGUGGACUCUGUUGCUAAAACAAUUGAUGCAGGUUGCAAACCAUACAUGGCCCCUGAAAGAAUAAACCCAGAGCUCAACCAGAAGGGAUACAGUGUGAAGUCUGACAUUUGGAGUCUGGGCAUCACGAUGAUUGAGUUGGCCAUCCUUCGAUUUCCCUAUGAUUCAUGGGGAACUCCAUUUCAGCAGCUCAAACAGGUGGUAGAGGAGCCAUCGCCACAACUCCCAGCAGACAAGUUCUCUGCAGAGUUUGUUGACUUUACCUCACAGUGCUUAAAGAAGAAUUCCAAAGAACGGCCUACAUACCCAGAGCUAAUGCAACAUCCAUUUUUCACCCUACAUGAAUCCAAAGGAACAGAUGUGGCAUCUUUUGUAAAACUGAUUCUUGGAGACUAAAAAGCAAUGGACUUAAUCGGUUGACCCUACUGUGGAUUGGUGGGUUUCGGGGUGAAGCAAGUUCACUACAGCAUCAAUAGAAAGUCAUCUUUGAGAUAAUUUAACCCUGCCUCUCAGAGGGUUUUCUCUCCCAAUUUUCUUUUUAUUCCCCCUCUUAAGGGGGCCUUGGAAUCUAUAGUAUAGAAUGAACUGUCUAGAUGGAUGAAUUAUGAUAAAGGCUUAGGACUUCAAAAGGUGAUUAAAUAUUUAAUGAUGUGUCAUAUGAGUCCUCAAGCUUCUCAGACUUCUCUUAUUCUUUACAAAAUGAAUGCAUUGGCCCUGACAAAAAGGUGCUACAGUAGUGAUGAAAUUAUAAGUAGAUUUGUAGUUUGUCCCAUUUAUUAUUUUAAUAUUUAUGUUUAAGUGCUUGGUUGAAAAGAUUCCAUUUUAUACAAGAAGGGAGAUUCAAAAAAAAAUAUAAGGUUGGGUUAGCAAUAUUUAUAGGGCUUUUAUUUUUUAAGUUCAAUUGUGUCUGUGGUCCAGAAGAAAUUAUUUAAUAUGCAUCUUUGAGAAUAUUAUAAAAAUAUCAAAAAGGAGCUCUUCUUGUGAAAUGUCUGUUCCAGCUGUUGUGACUGCUGCCAUUUUUGCAAACAUCUGCCCAAUCAUGGGUGAUCACCACAUCUUUUAGGGGAAGUGACAAGAUGCUCUGGUCAUACUCUUUUUCCCAACUUUGGAAAACAUAAAAAUCACUCAUAUCACAGCUCAAAGAGUAAAACAUUUGGUUCUCCUGACACUUGUGGUAUAGUAUUAGUGGAAAGUGAUUCGUAAUAUGAUUUUAUAUCCACCUACCUAUUCAUCUACCUGUGUGUGUGUGUGUGUUUGUGUGUCUAUUUGGCAAUUCACAAGUCCUGCCAAGUGGUUUCUAUGAGCAUCUCUGUUUGGUAAGGAGGACAUUUGUCAGUUUUGAGGGGGACAUGUGUUAAAUCACAGAAAAAAAUGGUGCCUUCUUCUGCGUUUGUCCCUCCUGCCAUGUGUAAGUUCUAAGGAUUGUCUUUGUAGUUAAUGUACUCUUUGGCUUUGUUUGUUUGUUUUCUUGUUCAGUGAAGCAGCCUUACUAUUCAUAGAAGGGCUAGAAUAGGAGAAAAUUAAAGGUAGUGAGUAAUUCUUUGAUAAGAUGAGGAAAUAAUGGGAAAGGUUGAAUUAAUUCCUAGGCAUGGACUACCAGAUGACCACAAGUUGCGUUGAGGCCGCAUCUUUCUUCAGCAGCGUGCAAUAGCUGGCUCCUCUAUAGGAGAUGAGCUUCAUUGGGAGCUCCUAGCAAGUUGACUAAACAGCAAAAGUUCUUUCUCAUGGCUAAAUAUACCCACAGGUUCUAUGAUCUGUAGCUCUAGGUUUCUUGAUGAUCAAGGAGUGAAGUAAUUGACAGGGAAAAUAUACACCUAUGAUAAAUAACCAGGAAGCAUUGCUUUUGGACAAGGAAGGACAGAGGAUUUUGAUUUUAAAAAGAAGAAAAAAACACCUUAUUUUUUCUUUCUUGGCCUCAAGUUCAAUAUGGAGAGGAUUGCUUCCCUGAAUCCUCUCUUCCUUCCCCUUUUAGAUUUUGAAGUGCAAUCAUAUGUUUUUCUCUGUUUGCAUUUUUUCCUCCUUGUUCUUGACAAGGAGGAGUUGCUCCUGCCCAGAAUGAGUGUGACACUUCCGAACACUUCUUCAUAUUCAGUUCCAAGAUAUAUCUGCUUGAUUAAACAUGAGCUUCCUCUGCUCUGAAGCUACCUCUGUCCUCAUUUUAUUCUAGCCAGAAAAGGAGUAUCACCCUAGUGAUUAUGGCUGUUCACUUUCCCAUCUCUCUUCCUAAAUCUGGAAGUUCUUCUCUUGGAGAUCAAGAGAAAAAUUACAAUUGUAUUCCUUACUUUAUUCACCCAUCUAUGAAAACAGGAAGCAAUAGGAAAAAAAAUCCGGUUACUCCAUUUUAGCUUUUGGUGAACGAUGUAAAGCAAAUUGUCUCUCUGGUCUAGGUCUGAUUACUCUUACCUGUUUUUCCACUUUGAGACAUUCUAAACAGAAUGUGUAACUUCUCAUAUGUAUGCCUCUCCCAUCUGUGAACCUAGGCCAAACUUGCAAAAACAAUCAUAUUAAUAGUAGGGUAGAGAAAAAGUUAGUCUAUGGUUCUCAACCCUCGUGUACAUUGGAACCAUCUGGGAGCUGUGAACACUGUCGCUGCCAAUGUUCCAGUCACCAGAGAUUUGGAUUUAACUGGUGGGGCCUAGGAAUUGGUGUUUUUUUGUUUUGUUUUGUUUUUUACACACCUUCGUGUGAUUCUGAUAUGAAGCUGGGUUCAGAACACUGAUCUAGUACCUUCUAAAGAGAACUGACUUAAAUUUACUUUCUUUUGAACAUUUGCAGGGAGUAACAUGCCAUUGCAGAGAGUAACAAAAACAGGUCCUAUUUCUUUCCCUGUCCUCAUCAGUGGAAAUCUCUUUGUCACUCUGAGGGAAGGCAUGUUCCUGGGAUACUGAUAGGAAGUUUAGAACACCUUUUCCCCAGAGAAGCAAUAUUUUGCACUGUUAUUAAAUAUCUUACACGGUAAAGUCAAAAGAAUGACCUGAUAGCCUCACAAGACUAAAUUUUAGAGCAUGGUUUUGUUUUUGGAAAACUGUGUUGUAAGUGCCAAUCAACCAACUUUUGAAAAAAUCAAGAUACCUAAACUAUAUAUAAAUGGGGAGUAUUCUGUACAUAUAGACUUAUAUAUAAAGACAUCUGUGUUCACGGAUGACCCUCAAAAUAGUUAAUGCCCCACCAGCAUAGACCAUCUGAAUAUCAGCCCUGUCUACACCUAUCAAUGUAUUACAAAAUCAGUAUAGCUCUACAAAAGAGAUCAUGCUUAUUUCCCCAGAUGUAUUUGAUUUUAUGUCAUAUAAUUGUCCAUGUUAUAAUUUUUGAAAAUGUUUAUUAAAAUAGCCAUCUUUUUUGAUAUUAUUGGUUUAAGAGGUGUGCCCAAAAAAGUAAUAUGCAUAACUUUUAAGACUAUUACCCUAUGUUUGUACGUAUGAGUGAAUAUUGCCCACCAGAGUAGCCAUCUUGAGAGACUACAUAUUUAUAUUCAUAAUGCUAUUAAAUUAUUUUUGCCACUCCUCUUUCAGAAAAGGCUUUAGAAUCCACUCCCUCCUCUGAGAUGUGUGUCAUCAUUUGAGAAUUAUUACUUAGGUUUUGUUGUUGUUUGUUUUGCUUUUUACAAAAAUCCUUACCAGGUGUUUCCCCCUUUGAUUUACCUGCCUUGUUUAUCAGAUUUUGCACAAAGUUGUGUUUGACAAUUUCUAGAAGUUAAAUCUUCCCUCAGAGCUGGAGUUUUAGCAUCAUUGACUCUUUGUAAAACGCCAUGUCAUGGGCUCUGAAGAUAAUUUCAAAUGAAGAUUUCCACACCCUGCCCCCACCACCCCUGCCCAAAGUGCAUGAUUAUUUUUAAGCAGAGUCAUUCUUCCACCAGAAUAAGUGUAAUCUCCCAAAAUGACUACUUUGAAGGAGAUAGAACCCCCAUAAAGGUAUAUGUUUGUUGAUAAAAUAUCAGGUCAUCACGGAUUUUGCAAGUGAAAGUCACCUAUCUUCUAUGAUUGAAGGUCCUGAUGUGGGGGAAUAAUCUAUUUUUUCUAAAGACUGUGUUUGGUCACACUGAUUUAAUCAGAACAAAUGGGUUAAAUAAGCAGCUUUUAUCACAGUUAAGCCAUCUGAAAUGGAAACAAGUAUGUAUGGGCAUGGCUUGAAAUUGUUUGUAUUUUACAGUUCUUGUAUAUCCUUCAAGCCUAACAAAAAAUUGUAUGUGCCAGAGAUUCCUAAACUUUCUGUGUUCAGGGUGCCAUUAGUUGUCUUGGUACUUUUUUCAUGGUGCCCCAGGCCAAAAUAUAUACUUAAUAGUUCAGUGUUUUAAGUAAUUAGGUCCCAACAGCUUAAUAAUAGCAGUUUGCACAGUGUCCUGCAUAUAUCACUAUAUUUCCCUUAAAAAUUUCCAACAUUGGCUGAGCAUGGUGACUCAGGCCUGUAAUCCCAGCACUUUGGGAGGCUGAGGCAGGUGGAUCACCUCGGGUCAGGAAUUUGAGACCAGCCUGACUAACAUGAUGAAACCCCGUCUCUACUAAAAAUACAAAAUUAGCUGGGCAUGGUGGCACAUGCCUGUAAUCCCAGCUACUCAGGAGGCUGAGGCAGGAGAAUUGCUUGAACCCGGGAGGCGGAGGUUGCAGUGAGCCGACAUCGUGUCAUUGCACUCCAGCCUGGGCAACAAGAGCAAAACUUCAUCUCAAAAAAAAAAAAAAAAUGUACAACAUCUUGCUUAGCCUGUGUGUGUUCUGUGGUACCUUGGAAUAGCUCAGUACAUAAUUUGGGGACCACAAAUAUCUAUUAUGCCAAUGUUUGCACUGUCUGCUGUUGGUGACCCUCAAAAUGAAAUUCUUGGCCACUCAACUCUCCACAUUAUUUCACUCUUUGUUUUGUUAUUAUUAGUAUUCUUCUUGCUUGCCAUUGGCUAAUUCAUUUUUUAACUGCAACCCUACUCUUCUUUGCUGUUCAUCAGCCCUGCAAUGCCGUAGUGUCUUAGUCUAGAAAAAUGCAAUACUCAUAAGCCCCAGCAUCGGAGGAGGCUGGUGCUAAGAUGGACAGGGUUCCUGAUUUCUCUCAUUGAACUUGAUUUAGUGUCUUGGGAAUUAUAAUCUCAAAGGAGGCAGAGAGGGGUUAAUGUUGCAUAAUUUAUCACUAAAAUGUCUUUGUUGACCAAGGGGCUUUAUUAAUUAUGCUCAGAGAAACAAUUCUGUUUCUCUUAAAAGUGUCUAACAAAACACUUUUUUCUUUGGCCUGAAAGGACAGUGGAUACCUAGUUCCUAAUUUCCUACCCAAAUGCUGUUUUGGCUGUGUUACUCCCUCUGCCCUCGAAGCUAAGAUUUGUAUAUUUACAAAAUUUAUUGGAGCUGGUAGUCAGAUCUAGUAAAAUGGAUUAAAUGUCAAUUGUGCUGGGAUUUUGCCUUAACAUCUAUCUAUGACUUGAAGAGGGAUUUGUUGGCUCAAAGGAUCUUCUGCUUUUAAUGAAUUAGCAAGUGAAAAGGUAUUUGAAUAAAUGUCAGCUUCAUAGGACUUUUUUUUUUUUUAACUUUUCAAAUGGAAGGUGCAGUUUUCAAUUAGGCCUCUGAAAAUUUACAUAGUCAGAUGGAAAAAUGCCAGAGUAAAAUCUAGGAAGAAGGAGCUACCAGACCCGAUAGAAUAGAAAGAAAACUAUUUUAUUCUAGGAGGUCUAUGUUCCUCUUGUGUUUGAGUGGCUCUAGAGCUGUUAAAUGUGCUGACAGCUAAAGAUGCUCUUUGGGGUGUUUUUUGGCUUUAAUUUGGGUACUAUGGAUUCUUUUGGGAAUCUGUUGAAAGCUAGGACCUUUUCCCCAGGAAAAUUUACAUUGUAUAUGAAACACAUAAUUUUGCAAACUUUUUUUGGUUGUUGUUGGGAGGGGGUUGCAGUUUAUAUACUCCACGGGGUUAGUAGCUCUGUUCUGUAGAAUAUUGACUGUGACAUCCUAGACCAUGGUUGGCAAACUUUUUCUGUAUAGGACCAGAUAGUAAAUAUUUUUGGCUUUGUGUGUUAUACCAUCUCUGUCACAGUUACUCAGCUCUGCUGUUGUAUCAUGAAAGCAUCUAUACGUAAUACACAAAUGAAUGAGCCUGGUGGCUGUGUUCCAAUAAAACUUUAUUUACAAACCAAGCAAUGGGCCAAAUUUGGCCCACAGGCCAUGGUUUGCCAACACCAGUCUUACAGCAUUAAAUAUAAAACUCUGAUUAACUAGAUGUGUAGAGUUCUUCCAUUUUAGUGACUAUUGAGCUCAGCUGCUGUUGAGGCAGAUUAGGAAAAUGGACAUAGGAAACUGGAUUCAGAAAGGAUGAGGACUGUUUAGUCCCAUGAAAGUUGCUUGUUAAUGUCCUCAGGUAAGUAUGAAUUGUUCUGGAAGCUGAUAGAACAAUUUUCUUCAGAUCAAACUGAAGUACUUACUUUUUCCAUUUCUAUGCAAUCACCAACAUAAUUUACUUCAAUUUGGAAAUAAAUGUCACAGUUCUCUUAGUUGUUAACUGUAUCCUUGGCUUAGGUUAUUUGCAUUUUCUUUCUUUCUUUCUGUAGUGUGGUUUAUACACAAGGAGAAUCACGAACCCAGACACUAGUCAAUCUCUCUAUUCCCUGACCUGUACUGAGAUUGGGGAAUUUGGGAGGUCAGACUUACCUCAAACGUAGAAGAAGGCAGAUAGAGUUCUUAACCUUUUCCAACUUAUCCACCUCAAUUAUUUGUUCACAUUUUAAGGAAGUAGGAAAGAGUAGUCUGAAGUCACAAAAUUUGUUCUCAGGUGUUCUUAAAGCUCCCUGUUCUCACUGCGACAGAAGACUCAGGCCUACUCAUUUUGUGCUGUCCCACAAAAGUGAGAGGAGUACUUCUCUUUUUUUAAAUCAUCAGUAAAUUUCAAUUUUAAGGGGCCUAUGCAAAAUGCCUCCUUUCUGAUGUGAUUUUCUUGGGUUGCUGGCCCUAGUUGAAUUUAUGGGCCCUGAAGCCUCUAGUGGAAAUCUUGUCUUCCCUAUAGAAUGAGAACAGCUAUGUAAUUUGCUUCACCUUCCGUUAGGACUUGCACCCUCUUUGCCAUACAGAAUGCUAUAAAAAUGACAGUCUGCCAGUGACCGAAGCUUUCUCAUUUUUUUUUCUUCCAGAACAAUAAUAGCACACAUCUUGGUUAAAGCUAUAGUCUCCUUAUUAUUCAGAAAUAUUCUUUUUCCUGCUGCACCAUUAGGCAAACAUACAUUAUGCUUAGAAUGAUACUUGGAAACUCCUUAACAGGGCAUAUUGAAGUAUUUGAUCCAGCAACUUACCUAAAAGAAUGUUUGCUCUUCACCUAGGGAAAUAAAACCUGAAUUUCAGAGCCUUCAAAAUGAAAUUAUCCUUCCAGGGGAAGCACAUUGCCACCAAAUACAUCACUCACUACCUGUUCCUGGUGACUACAUAGAAGAUGUGUUAUUUUUCUGAGGUUUAGAAAGUCACUGUUUACAGCUAUGCAAAUAUUGUACUAUUACAGAUUUUUCUAAUGAAGUAGUUUGAAAUCAAGACUUUAGUGGAAGGUAAUCUUUUCAGUUUCUGACCCAGAUUUCUUUUUCAAGCAAAACUCCUCUGAAAGCCUCUUUGCUAUAGAGGUGAUGAAGGCACUUGCUAGCCUAAGCAGAAACAUAAAGUAAAAAACUUUGUAGUAGGGAAUUUUUGUUGGUAAGAAAUCAGUAUCAUCUUGUAACACAAACACGUGUUAAUAGAACUUAAAAAUACUCAGCCUAAUUCCUUGGGACUUUCAGUAUCUUGACAUCACUUGUAUUAUCAUUUGAACUUGGACAUUGAGCCCUUUAUUUUUGGGAGUUUACAGUUAAAUUUUGGAAGAAUUGUGUUGUAUUUCUUUCUUAGAUGUUGUCAGUAUGAACAGAAUUUUUUUGUGGACAGUUAAUCUUGAUGUGCUCCAUAGCUUUCUCCAGUUUACACUUUUGCAUUUCUGAGAUUCAGGGUCGUUUUCAAGGAAGGAGGCUAAUGUUUAAGGCCUGGAGGCUGAAUUCAGGGAGCGUAUUGGCAAGUUUAGGCACUUACUUGUGUCUUAAUGUGGGAAACAGAACUUUCUAAGUAAUCUCUGGAGUUUGUAGCUUAGACCAGGCCUUCAAAAGUCUUUUCUGUUUUCCUUUGCUGCAAUUUGCUUGUUAUUUCUCUGCCGGUCACAGAUGACCUGGACUGACUUAAUGCUUUUGUGGUAAGGAACUGAUCUGGCCAUUUUCAUAUAACAAAAAUCAAAGUCAACAAUUUUGUAUCAGGCUGCCUAAAUGAACCCUAUUGUUUCCAGUUCUUAAAAAUUUAAGGGCUAUCUAAGAAAAGUUUAAGCAAAACCCUCAUUCCAAACAUGCGACCUUAUAAUAAGAACUUCCUUUAAAGAUGAGCAGCAAGGUUGGGUAUCUGAUUUCACUAAGUAAUAUUCUAUUGUGGUCAGAAAUGGGUAAUUUGCAUCAUUUGGUCACUAUCAAUAUUUGUGUUGGAGUCUGCAAGAUAUUUCAACAAAGUAAGCCAAACCACUAUCUUAGGGGAUUGUUGCUGGACUUUGGAAUAUAAGGCUGAACAGUGAUGUGAAGUCAUGUUUGGGGGCUGGAAGAAGUGAUAAAUGCAAAGGUUGGUGCUAAAUUAGGAACCCCUUGAAGGAGCAAGCUGAUUAAAAAAAAAAGCUGGCAGAAAAGUAUAUCUUUUAAUUUAUUUGCAGUGUUACUAUAUUAUAGAGAUGAUUUCCUAUGGGAAAACCCAUCAAAAAGCCAAACCUUUAUUGUUAUUUUUCCUUAAAAAUACUGAGCUAUAAGAAGAUUCAGAGAGUGGCAUUAAUUUGGGUAUCAGAACAUUUUCUUUUGUAUCCCUAGUGUUAUUGAUUUGAAAGAGUUACCUUUUCAGACAGAUGGCUGAACAAAAGUAAAUGAUUAACGGGAAAUUUGAUGGUUGAGAAAAAGGAACGAUAUGCCUAAAGCAUUUUGAGAAUAUACCCCUCAUCCAUCAGCCACCUCUGGGUAAAGAAACACAAAUACCAAAGCCUGAGCUCCUUAACCUUUUGUUCCAGAGGGCAGACAUUUUUAAGAAAGGUGGAUGUUAGAGAAGGUUACCUGAUGAGCAAGCUUCUUUCCCAUAAUUCAGAGAACUGUGAAUGUACUUAGAAAUACACUACAGGUCUUCACCAGAUGGACUAGAUUUUAUAAUUUUAAAAUAUAAUACUGAAAGCUAGUUUGAAGUUUCAGAAGCCAUGAAUGAUGGGGAAGAAGUAGUUUCUUAUUUUAUUUUAUUUUAUUUUUCUGAUCUCAAGUUGUUUGUCCUGUUGUAUGUUCAAUACUUGGGGAGAUAAGAGCGAGGUACAGCUGUGGUUUUCAGACCAUAUUCAGUGGUGCCCCUGAGGGUCUCUUGUGAACAGAAGGGAAAAAGAAUGUGAUGAAGGUGAACUCUGCCUAUCUGAACCUCUGUCAACCUCCAGUCAGAAUAUCUGGCUUCUAGUAUUGUUCCUUUUAACUGGAAGUCUCUGUGGCCAUUAAAAACUUGGGAACAUUGGAUUAAAUGACCACUUUAGGACUUUAAACAGUCUCAAAUAUGGGAAAUUUUAUAGCCAACCAUGGCUGUGAGUCCCUGGCUUUUGCCGUAUUGAGUAUGCUCACAGAGAUAGGGAGAUAGGUGGCCAGAAGACAGGGUCAUUUAAUUUUAAUUGAGCAUAAAUCAUUUUGAAAGAAAAGUGCAAGGAAUUGUUGUAUGACAGCCAUGCAUUAUAGAUCCUUACAUGCGACAUUUUCCUAAAGUGGUUGAGAAUGACCUGAUCUUUGUUCACCAUCUCAGUGACAAGGUGUGGAGUGACUGGGCUCUUCAUAUGCAGUGGAAUUUUUGCACCUCUAGGUUUGCAGAGGCAGGAGUUACCAUUUUUGUUCAUUGACCUAUCAGAAAAAAGCAAAUCCUUUGGACAAUGUUGACACAGACAGGGGUAUGGUCUGAGACUCAAGCUAACAGAGCUACCCCUUGCUGCCUUUUGCAAAGGUGUUGUAGGUGGAGAAGGGUAAUGGAAACCUGGUACAGCCUUUAGAAGUUGGAAGCUGUGGUGGCGUAUCUGUCAUGAACUGCACACAAGGGAAUGCUUAAACACCAGCUGAGUCAUAUCAGGUGCCUUGUACACACACAUAAAGAGUCUGGUGAAUUCUGACAGUGUUAUGUUUGCCACUAGAGCAAAUGUAAUAGCUGGGGUUUCACAGCAACUCUUUUAGAAAACUAUAUGUGCCAAAAAUUUACAUUGGGCAGCAGUUUAUAGUGUUCUUGGCCAAUCUGCAUAAAAGCCACUUGAGGAGGUUUGAUUAAGAAAAUUCUGUUUAUCUCCUGUAUUACCUCUGUGUUUGAUUUAUUCUUUAGUCUCAAAUUUAUUUUCUGAGUGGACUGAUUUUCUAUAUGAACUGAAAUGAUGUUUUAAUAGAAUAAUAGGUAUUUUUAGAGGAAGAGUAUUUUUUUUGUGUAAUUCGCUUACACAACUAGGACAUACUUCCUAUGAUACUGAAUCAUCAAAUUGAGUCAUUUAAAGCUGAAAGAGGUGUUAGGAAUGUAGUUUCACAUUAUUUAAAUACAUGAACAGUUUUCUAUAUAUUUUGUGAAAAUCUUGAUGAGACACUAGAAUUUCUUUAUGGAAUUGAACUUUACAAGAAUUUUAAUAAAAGAGGUGGAUUUCUUCAGCUUUCUUUGUGCUUCAGUUUCAUAGCUGAAAAUGCUGCUUCCGUUUGUUAAUAUGGACUUUGUAAGGAAACACAACAACACGUUUUCUUACCUUCUGUAAAUUUUGUGAUAGACACAUGUUAUUUGUAUAUAUGAUUGAUUGUUUGCCUGUUGCACCCUAAAGUUAUUUUCAAACCAUGUUUAUUGCAAAGAGAGCCUUUGGGCAAGUGGAAAAUGCCCUGAUGCUAGAAUGAGGUAGUUCCAUAAGCUAGUUAGGAGCUUGCUACCUCUUCUUGGUACCUGAAAUAUUCUGAAAGGAGAUCGGAGAGGUCCUAUGCACCCCUGUCUUUCAAAACCCACCUCCAGCACUUCAAAGUAGUGUCUCUGGAGAGUUUAAAAUAAAAGAAUGAAUGCUAUUCAGUGGAUUCCCUCAUUGAGGCUCCCAUCUUUCCUGCCAGGUGCAGCUUUUUCUGGUUGGAAUCAUCUCUUCUUUACGGAUUGCCGCAUUGUCUCUUUGUGAAUGAGGCAGGCUGAACUGUAGAGCAUGAAACUCAUUAGAAGUUUAUAAAGUAAAGACCUGUAAAGCAUGUGGGUGGAAUGUUUCCAUGCUCUUGAGGUGAAUAUUAAAUUUAAAUUCUGGCCUUUGGGAACUCUUUGCUUGUGAGCUGAAGAAGGAAAGAAGGAGUUGGGGGUGUAUAUCUAACUGUGUUUUUCUAUAUGGAAAUAUAUGAGCAUCAAGUGAUAACUUCAAUAAGGCCUCAGGAUUGUAUUUAAAAUACCUGUUUUGUGGGACAGCAUGCCUUUGUUUUCUUUGCCUGUUGGCUUUGGUGGCUCCAAACAUUUUCAUUUUAGGCUAGCUUUCCUGUCACCCAGGUUGUGUGCAUUUUUUUUUCAUUUGAACUAUUGUUUAUCAUUAUUAAUGAUGUUAUCUCCAAAUCCCAAAGCCAAGGAAAUAGCCAGUAUGCAGGACUUGCAGUAGAUAUAAGCAUUGGUGUUAACAUAGGUUAAGUUUUGAUAGUGUUCCCAGAAAUAUACUGAAUUGAGGCAUAAUGUAGCUUUAAAGAAAUUAUGUUUCUUUUUAACAUUUGGAGAAGCCACCUGUCCUGGGUCCCUAUUCUUGAGAAAUUCAUCUUUUCAUGCAAAUAACAUUGAUGGGGGACAAGACUGGAUGAUUGACUUCUAUCAGUCAGUAGACAAGGAAGUAUAAUAAUUGCCAAAGGUGAGGGUAAUUUUGCCUUACAAGUAUGUAGGUCAUUCUGUGGUGGGAUUUCCCAUCACAUCUAGUAAAAAACAACCUUUUCAUUUCCCUCCUUUCUAAUCCAAGAUCAUAUUUUUAAAAAGUAGGUUUCUGAUGUGCCAUGAAAUAUUUCUGUGAAUCUGUGUUUUUGACCAAGGAAACAGCUGAGAUAUUAAACCAUGUGGUUGUUCCACGGUUCAUCUGGCUACCGUUCUGGGUCCCCUCUGACCACCUCAAAAAGAAAAUGAAAUUGGGAGAUUAAAUCAAGCUUGACCUCCUCUUUUAAUGAGGAACUUUCACGUUGACUUCCUAUCUCAGGAUAUUCUUCAGUUUCAUACUGCUGAGGAGAAAGGAACAAGCUGCAGACACUGUAACUGGUCUCCAGAUGUGUGUAUAUGCGUGUAAAACUUCACACCGUGUGUGUUGUGUUCAAUGUUGUGUCAAUCUACAAACUGACUCAAACAAAAGUUUAACGAUAGAGAAGACAGUGAUAAUGGCAAAAAAAAAACACCCAACCACCUUUUUCCGUCAAAGUGCUUGCUAUGGCUUUCAUAGCUGGGACAAGUAACAUUAAGUAUUCAGGAGCAAAGUGUUCUUGAAAGAAAAUGGUGUGUUGAUCUCAUAAGAAAAUGUACAACCAAUAAAAGACAUUUUAAAAAGCGUA